AUGAACUCCAAAAUGUUACCUCAGUGUCUGUGUCAAGUUUACAAAUGUUUGUUUCUGCGCAACUUAAAACUGAAUUCAGUAAAUGUGCCUACUUCGGCUAGAGGGAUCCAUUCUUCAGCAAAAAAGCUUUCUGACUGUGAGUUAAAGGAACAAACUGUCCCGAAAUAUGAAACUGAAGAGUCUCCUCAAAGUACAGGAAACAACAGUUUUGGAAGAUUGCAUGUACCAGUGAUGCUGGAGGAGGUUGUUAAUUGUUUAUCCCCCCAGCCAGGCCAGCGUUUCCUUGAUAUGACGUUUGGAGCCGGAGGUCAUACUACAGCUCUUCUAGAGGAAACCAGCGACAUUACAAUAUAUGCCCUAGACAGGGACCCCACAGCGUAUAAAAUAGCUCAGCAGCUUUCAGAAUCGUACCCGAAACAGAUUCGAGCUCUUCUAGGACAGUUUAGCCAGUCAGAGGCUUUGUUAAUCUCCUCUGGAGUUGAGCCAGGGACUCUAGAUGGAGUUCUCUUGGACGCUGGCUGUUCUUCUAUGCAAUUUGAUACUCCUGAAAGAGGUUUUUCCCUGCAGAAGGACGGACCUUUGGACAUGAGGAUGGAUAGUGACAGGUACCCUGACAUGCCCACUGCGGCUGAUGUGGUGAAUGCUUUAGAUCAACAGGCGCUUGCGUCCAUCCUGAGAACGUACGGGGAGGAGAGGCACGCCAGGAAAAUCGCUGCAGCCAUUGUUCAGGCACGCAGCAUAUACCCCAUCACCAGAACUCAGCAGCUUGCAAGCAUUGUUGCAGGUGCUUUUCCAGCGUCAGCUCUGUAUGCACGAAAAGACUUGCUUCAGAGACCUACGCACGUUGCUACAAAAACUUUUCAAGGCCUGCGAAUAUUUGUAAAUGAUGAGCUCCACGAGCUCUUUAUAGGGCUGAAGACAGCUGAGAAGUUUCUAAAACCUGGCGGUCGCCUUGUAGCCCUCUCCUUUCAUUCGCUGGAAGAUCGUAUUAUCAAACGUUUUCUUCAUGGAAUAGACAUGACUGAAAAGCACAAUCUUGGCUCAAGGCAGAAGAUAAGACAGGCUCUGAAAUAUUGCUCCAGAAAAGAAGAUACACAAGAAUUUCCCCAUGGAAAAUCCAACUCAAAGUGGGGUUUUAUACAGAAAAAAGUUCUUACACCGCAGGCCAAGGAUAUUCAAACAAACCCAAGAGGAAGGUCGGCCAAGCUAAGAGCUGCUAUUAAGCUCUAA